AAGAUAUAGUCCAUUUCGGAACAAUUUCCUUUAUUUGAACGAAGUUGGAAAUGUGCAGACAUUCAUAAUCACUUGUGCAAACAUUACCGUCGAAUUAUUUACCUUAUCACGUCAUAUCUAAUGCUCCUACGACCGACCGAAUGAGUUGAGCAUAUUCCACAUCUUCCCCACAGCCGGCUAUUCAUCGCGCGCCAAUGACACACAAAAAUCGGGGCUAAAACAAACACUUUCAUAUGCUCCACUUUUUCCCGCACACCACCAUCAUCACUACCGUGACUUGUCCGAUCCGAACUGACAGUAAAGUGAGCCGAUUUUCCACCCACCAUCGCCCACAGUUUUUCGCGACGAUUGCGACUCACGUUUUUCCGUCCCCGUCCCCGUUGUUGUGCGGGUACGAUCGUAUGAUGGUACUGCGAGCUCCCUUCGGCGGAGGAACAUGUGUGUUCGUUCCCGUUCCGUUGCUCUGCUCUGGGUGUCACUUAUACAGCACCGAUAUAGGAAUUGGCAUUGCUUUUUUUUCAAAACCAAACUCAUGGUUUAGUUUAAUUUUAUUUUUCGAACAUUUCGGAUGCUCGGAAAGUCGUGUGGCAAUUUUACUCGGUGAUCUAACGGUGGUCUGUAGUGCCGCGAACUAAGCGAAAAGGGAGGAGAGCAAAGUCCUCGGAGGUUUUUUAUAGAUGUAAAUGAAAGUGUCAGUUGGAGGUGAAAAAAUAGCAGGAAAUCUUUUUUUUUUUGCGGAAAGCUGAAACAGCUAGUGCGUGUGAUUGUAUUUAAACAUCAAGCAGGCAGAACCUCAGCCUCGUGGAAAUUCUAAUUUAAUUAAUUUGCUAUUCCUGGAGUUUCCACGAGGAGCAGCAAUAUUGCUGCUUGUUUCUCGAGUGCGAUUCAAAUUUUAAUGUUCAGAGGGCCCUGCAUGCAGCGGUUGUGGAUAUACACGGUGAAGAAUUAUUACCGCGGUAGUGCCGUGUUUCAUACAAAAUUAAUGGAAAUCACUCAGCAGAUAUGAUUACAGUGAAUGUUGUUACGAAACGGUUACAAAGGAAGGAGGUUUUCAAAAAGCUUACAAAGCGAAACGCUGUGUCAGUGAAUUGUACCGGUUACAUGAAGUACCACAUGAGUAUAUGUAUCGCUAUCAUGCACAAAGUUUCCCAAGUUUUAAUUUGAUAUGUUCUAUAAGGCGUGUUUUCAAUUCAGCUUUAGUUAGCUGGCAAAGUUCUAUUUCUGUUAUAGAUCUCACUUUUCUAUUGAUUUCAUAAAACAAAAGUGUCGUAUUUCUCAAUAUUCUGCCCAUCUAUGACAUAUGAUAUGCCCGGUGGACCAGUAUAAUGGACAUUAAUUGUCUUAACUAGGCACUCUAUUGGACAUACUACAUGCGAUUCUAGCGUGAAGGGAAGAUUCCCACAAGCAAAGUUGAAUGAAUGGAAUAGAAAAAAAAACCAACCACAGUAUCGUUCGCUCGACCACUCUGUAGCAGAACCAGAAACGAUGCAAGUUAUACGUUCGAGAAAAACAAAGCGAUAAAAUAUUGGCUGAAAGGGUGUAAACAAAUCAAUCGUGUACCAAUCUAAUUAAAGCCAGUUCAGUUCAGACGAAGCGGUUGAUUCAGUUCAGCCAAGACAAUGUGAAACUGCGAAAGAAGAAACAAAAUCAGUGCAAACAAAGGAAGUUGACAAGCGAUUUGACUAAUUGCCCAAAACGGAAAGAUACAUAACUGCCCUACCUGAUAGUCGAUUCCACAUUGAGUGCCCAGCAAGCAAUUCGAAUAAAUCAAACAUGUUUACAUUGCCGCUGUACAAAGAUAACAUAAUGGUCACUUCAUGGAGUGACGCUUCCAGUAUCCGUAUGAAGAAAAGCAUGGCGGAGCUAAUGCAGCAAAUGCGUGAUCCUGCCUCGAUCGGUGGCGGAUCCGUCGGCAGUAUACCGCAGAGCAUCGUGUCAUCCAGUGCAAACUCGAACGACAUACACCGUGCAUUGCGUGGUCAAGGGAUCCAUUCAACGCCAGCGUCCAAUCUGAAGCUGUCCGAGCAAAUGCGGAAUGCGCAGCACGACAGCAGUCCCACGCUGAAUCAUCACCAGAACGGGACGGCCAUUAGUGGCGCUGCUACCGGGCAACAGCACGGAGCGCAAAACCGUCUGUCUGCCUCCAAGAGCUACUCCGGAGGACUGAAUCACUCGGCCAGUGGUGGACACAUGCAGAAUAGCAACAGCGUUUCGUCCAGUUUAUCGUCUCUGCCGGACAUUUCCGCUAAUAACUCACAGUUCUUCGAAGUGCUCUAUGUGGGCAAGAUCAAGGUAUCACACAAACGGGUACCGUUUACCUUCAUCGAUGACGCGCUGCCCAAGUUUAAGGCGUACGAUGCACAGAAGAUUAAGCAGCAGCUGGAGGCAACGCGCAAGAAUGAAGACGCCACAACUGGGGAGAGCGAAACCACCCAGCCAGCACCGGUACUAAACAGGAUCAACGAAUCCAAUGAGACAGCUGGAGCGGCCACUGCUGACAACAAGGAAAACACUCAACCGAUGGCGCAGGCGCCCGACGAUGGUGAAGUCUUCCGUGGUCGCAGAGUCAGCCAGUUUGACUUGCCCGCGAAAAAAAUCGAUGGUCCGUCGAAGGAAGAAUCAGACACUGGAAAACCCGACGACUCGGAAUGUUCAAAGCCUAGUGACAUCCAAAGAUCGGUGUCACAUCCACCGACACAGAAAGAUUCAAAAUCAUCCUCCGACGAAGAAGCCCCGGUACGCCGCGACCGAUCGGCUUCCAUCGGUGCCAUUCCGGUGGUUGAGCAGAACCGCACGAUGGUGUUCCUGAUUGGCGCAAGCGAUCUUCGGCUGAUCAGCCCCGAUCGUAAGCAGGUUCUGUUGCACAAAGAGUUCCGCGACGUGGCCAGCUGCGCCCAAGGUCAGAAAAAUGCCGAUCAUUUCGGCAUUAUCUGUCGGGAUGUGAACAAUGAUGGAUACAUUGGAUACGUGUUCAAAUGUCAGUCGGAGAAUGUGGCCGAUGAGAUCAUCAUUGCCAUCUCGCAGGCGUUUAUGGUUUGCUCGGAGCAGAAACAAAAAGACAAGGCGGCUGCACAGAUUUACUCCUGCGAGCAUUGCCCUAUGCUUUGGUAUCACAAGUUAUGCUCGGAUGUAGAAGGAUUAAGCGACAAAAAGACGCAAUACAUGAUCUUCAGGCGAAUAGAGUCCACGCUGGCAGAGGAUGAGCAGCGAUUGGUCAUGGAGAAGUAUCAUGGAGCUGAAAAAGCACCUGGACACAGUAUUGGUGAACAGAAUCAAUUUCUUAUGAUGUUACUGAGAGCGCACUGUGAAUCUAAACAACAGAGACAUGUUCACGACACUGUUGAGCAUAGGACUGAGUUUUUGAACCAAUAUCUGGGUGGCAGCGGUAUCUUCAUGAAAGCGAAGCGCUCGCUAACAAGCUCCUUUGAUCAUCUACUCAAACGACGCACAAGCAAAGACGAUCUAGGUGGCAUAUCAAUCAAAGACUCCAGCUCUUCUGGUGACCUUAGAGCUUCGAACGAUUUGGAACCACAGCCUCGAUCACGGGCUUCUACUUUUGGCUCAAGUCCUUCUCUGAGCCGAAAGAAUUCCGAUUUUGGCGUUGCACCGAACGCUCCUCAACUGAAAUCUCCAAUGAUGGAUAUAUUCAUAAAAGUGGGAAACAGUCCUCGGGAGAAUUCCAACCAUACCGGAUCCUGGAGACAAGCAAUGUUACAUCGUGUAGUUACGCCAUCGAAGAACAUGAAAGUAUCCGGUGAUGAGUACAUGUCCCCAUUGCGAGCACCCCAGCUCACCAAUAGAAAACGAACUCGUGAAGAGCUUCGAGAACUGUGGCGCGUGGCCAUCAAGCAGACCAUAAUCCUCAACCGGAUGGACAAGGAGAAUGCCAGCCUACAGGCCCGGCAGAAUGCAAUCAAGUCCAACGAGAUCAAGCGCAUCAAAUUGGAGUACGAUGAGAUUACCAGCUGUGAUAGACAAGCCGCGGAAAUUUGGGACAAUUUCCUUAGCGCUCAAUCGGUCGAGGCGGUCCAGACCCGAAAGGAUCCGAAGGUGCUCUACCAAGCAAUCAAAAAUGGCGUACCACGAGCGAAACGGGGCGAGGUGUGGAUGUUCCUGGCCAACCAGCACUCGUUCAACACGGCACCGGUGGAUGUUUCCAAUUUCCCCAACUACCAUACCCCGUACCAGACGUUGUUGAAGAACUUGACCGAGCAUCAGCAUGCGAUUUUCAUCGAUUUGGGUCGAACUUUCCCGGAUCACAAGUAUUACAAAGACGCUCUAGGCAUCGGACAGCUUUCCCUGUUCAACUUACUGAAGGCGUAUUCAAUUCUGGAUCCUGAACUGGGAUACUGCCAAGGAUUGGGAUUCAUUUGUGCAGUGCUGCUAUUGCAUCUGGAAGAAGCGGACGCAUUCAACCUGCUCAAGCAUCUGAUGUUCAAACGACAAAUGCGCGCCAAAUAUCUACCAGAUAUGAAGCAAUUCCAACUGCAACUGUACCAACUGUCCCGCCUACUGAAGGAUCAUAUCCCGGAGCUGUACGACUGGUUCGACCAGCAUGACAUCUCACCAACACUUUACGCCGCACCCUGGAUUUUAACGGUAUUCAGCUCGCACUUUCCGCUUGGCUUUGUAGCGCGUGUCUUCGAUCUGCUCUUCCUGGAGUCGUUCGAUGUUAUAUUCCGAUGUGCUAUUGCACUGUUGGAAGUUCACAAGGAACAGCUGCUGCAGAGAGAUAACUUUGAAGACAUCAUGAACUAUCUGAAAACGGUUGUCCCGAAAAUUGAUGCCACUGUCAUGGAGAAGGUUUUUCGGAAUGUGUUCAAGUCCGAUUUCUCUCGGCAGCUGAUCGAAUACCAAGUCGAAUAUAAUGUCCUUAAGGAGGAAAUGACAUCACAGAAUCAUCACCUGGAAAACUUCAACCGAGUGAAAGAGGAGAAUCAUCAGCUGGAAACACAACUGCAGUUUGCUCAAUCCAGUUUGGCUCAGCUGGACAAAACCCGUCAAGCACAACAGAAUCAAAUCCAAACCCUUCAAACGCAAGUACAGACUUUAGAAAACACUGUUCAAAUUCUAGUGAAGUUUGUAGAGCAAAAUAUUGAAAGUAGACCGGAUUAUGUUCUACCUACGGAAAUUUGUCGAAUAAUGCAACAAGUUCAAGAUCUACAGCACCAACAGUUGAUUCAGCAAAAGAAACGAUCUCCUAUAUUCCUAGAUCGCAAGAUCGGAAAAUCUAUUUCGUUCAACAGCAAUCUAGGUCUAGCAUUGAACGUUCUCGAAGAAGCAAACGAACAGGACAGCGCAGGAGGAACGCCAACGAAGAAGAAGCCUUUCUUCCAGAACUCAUUCGAGCAGAUUCGCCUUCAGAAGGCCGGACUUCGUCUGAAUAAGCUUGAUGAAUGCGCUAGUCCUGAACACGUUGCCGAUCGGAAUGGUUCGAAACACAACAGCAUUAGCGAUGACAGUGGAAUCGCGACCCCGAUCAGUCCACAGAUGCAUGCCCCCUCGACGACACCCAUGGUGGCGGAAUACAAACCAUUGGUGCCGUCGAUUGACAUCCAUCAUCCGCUUAGUGGCGACGUCAACGUACAGUUCAACGGAACGACCCAGCUCAAAUCCAUCAAGCCACGAGUGCAAUCCAGACAGAAUUCGGUCUCGUCAAUUGUGAGCGACAUCGGCGAAGGCGGGCCUUCUACCACUGGUGGAAACAAUCGAAGCUAACAACCAGCUGUCGAUCGCUAACAUGUCACGUUAAAAUGUGUCGGCUAAGAUAAUAUGCACAACAAUAUCAAAUGGUCGAGGCUCACAUGAUCUGCACUGCUCGGCAUAAAAUUGUCGAUUUUUUUUUUGUUUUAUGGAAAUUGUUAGAUGUAACAGAAGUUCUGUUGAAGUAUCAGGACAAGAAACCAAAAGUUCGGCUCCCCAUGACAAAACAUUUUUCCAAGUUCACAAGGUUCAGAUAAAGUUCCGAACAUAAGCUUAAGAAAUCACAGCAUUCUCACGGGCAACUGCAGGCUGCAAGUUCCGAAAAGCAUCUUAAGCAGCUUUCUAGCUUAGAGGCGCACACUGAACUUAAUCGGUACGUGUCCGAUAAAUUUCAGAAGGGCUAAUUGUUAUUCUCAUGUAGCUUAAAAGCUACUUAAGAAACUCUUCGGAGUUUCCAGUUCCUAAGAGUAAGAUUCCGAAGGAAAGAAAAGUUUGCUACAAGGCAAAUGUGAAUAGAGGAAACGACGGCUUCUGUUGAAAUGAAUAUAUUUCCGAGGUCUUUGUACGAACCAGUGCUGCA